AUGAUCCCCUCCGAGCUGUCCAGUCUGCUCUGUCUGCCAAACUCGGAUCUGAAGCCAUGGCCACGAACUCGACCGACCUGCCGCCCCCAGUCUGUCACCGCCCCGGAACUGGCUCCGAGCCUACGCAACCGCGCCGACCAGAGCAACAGUCCUUACAUACAAGGCCAGAUCAACAGCCCUGUCGCCUGGCAGCUGCUCGACGAUGAGGCUGUCGAACGCGCCAAGAGGGAGAACAAACUGAUCUUCCUGAACAUUGGCUUCAAGGCUUGCCACUCUAUCGACUCCUUUUCCCAUCCCGAAUGUGCCUCGCUCCUCAAUGAGGCCUUUGUGCCUGUUAUCGUUGACCGCGAAGAGCGACCCGAUCUCGAUACCAUCUACAUGAACUAUGUCCAGGCCGUCAACGGCGCAGGCGGCUGGCCCCUCAACCUCUUCCUGACACCCGAGCUCGAACCCGUCUUUGGCGGCACCUACUGGCCUGGUCCAGGCGCACAUACCAAGACGGGGCCCGAAGAAGAGGAGGGUGUUGACUUUCUGGCCAUCCUCAAGAACCUGAGGAAAGUCUGGCAGGAACAGGAGCCUCGGUGCCGCCAGGAAGCCAAGGAGGUCCUCUCCAAGCUGCGCGAGUUCGCCGCCGAGGGCACACUGGGCACACGUAGCACGGUCCAGAUGAGCAAGAUUGGCCUGACAUCCUCGUCUACCGCCCCUGUCGCUUCGGCUGUAUCGACGGAGAAUCCGGGUGCUGGCAAGACGGCCGCUGAUGUUUCGAGCGAACUCGAUCUCGACCAGCUCGAAGAGGCCUACUCUCACAUUGCUGGCACCUUUGAUCCGGUCUAUGGUGGCUUCGGUCUGGCGCCCAAGUUCCCUGUGCCCGCAAAACUGUCCUUCUUGCUGCGCUUGCCGCAUUACCUGCAUCCGGUCCAGGAUGUCGUGGGCCCGACCGAAUGUGCACACGCCACAGAAAUGGCCUUGUUCACCCUUCGAAAGAUCCGUGACAGCGGCCUGCGUGACCAUGUUGGUGGUUGCGGUUUCGCGAGAUACUCCAUCACUCCGGACUGGAGCAUUCCCCACUUUGAAAAGCUAACUUCGGACAAUGCUCUCCUGCUGGGCCUGUAUCUUGAUGCCUGGCUUAUUAGCAACGGAGAUAAGGAUGGUGAACUCUAUGAUGUCGUCGUUGAGCUCGCGGACUAUUUUUCGAGCCCGCCGAUGCGUCUUCCCGGAGGGGGUUUUGCUUCCAGUGAGGCCGCCGACUCCUAUUACAGGCGUGGCGACACUGAUGUUCGCGAGGGCGCUUUCCACCUGUGGACGCGCAAGGAGUUUGAUGCUGUGAUUGGCGACGAGCAUGAGGCGACGAUUGCCGCCACGUACUGGAACAUUCUGGAGCACGGCAACGUGGAGCCCGACCAAGAUCCGAACGACGAGUUUAUGAACCAGAACAUCCCCCGCGUGCUGAAAGAGCAGAGCGAAAUUGGCAAGCAAUUUGGCAUCAGCGGGGAGGAAGUCGCUCGUGUUAUUGCGUCGGGCAAAAGCCAAGCUCAAGGCGCAUCAAAACACAGAUCAAGCUCUUCUAUGACGCCUCGGCUCCAACCAACUUCAGCCAGCCCCAACCCUCUACCGGCUCACUCAUCGUGCGGUGCCUUCUUCGCUACGACCGAAGAUGCAAAGCACACCAUUCUCCGCCUCAAGGAUGGCAUGGACACCGCCUUCCCCUCCAACAACGCCGUCUCCGUGUCCAACCUCUUCCGCCUCGGUGUCGCUCUCGCCACAGAAACCUACACCGCGCUAGCUCGCGAGACGCUCAACGCCUUUGAGGCCGAGAUCCUGCAGUACCCCUGGCUAUUCCCCGGACUCCUUUCCGGUGUGGUCAGCUCCCGCCUCGGCGGCCGCACAUAUAUCGUCGUACGAGAUCCUUCUGGCGCCGACGACGAGACUGUCCGCAAGGUCUUCAUCAAACUGUACGGCGAGGCGCGCGGCGGUCUGCGCAACCUGAUCAUCGUCAAGGGCCCAGAUGACCUCGUCGUCAGGCGGAACCCGGCUCUCGCUGAACUGGUGGCUACUGGGAAGCCCGGGGCGUACGUCGUGGAGGAGGGCAAGUUCAGACCAUGCGCCAAGGAGGAUGUGGAGUACUAG